UCUCCAGAACCCCAAAACUUCACCACAGGCCCACGUUAGAACGGAGCCAUGGCCACCACCACAGCCGCUGCAACAUCAUUGUUCCUCAGAACUCGCCUUCAGGACUUGCAUUUUAACUCAGGCAAGUUCCAAGCCCGGUUCGGUUUCGGUGGAUUCAAGAAGACCGCACCGAAGAAGAGCGUGUCCAAACCGGUCAUAGACCGGCCUUUGUGGUUCCCAAGUACAAAGGCGCCGGAAUGGCUUGACGGAAGCUUAGCGGGAGACUAUGGGUUCAACCCGUUCGGGUUGGGUAAGCCGGCGGAGUAUUUGCAGUUUGAUUACGAUUCGUUGGACCAGAACCUGGCGAAGAACGAGGCGGGUGACGUGAUCGGAACCCGGUCUGAGAGCUUCGACGUGAGAUCUACUCCUUUGCAGCCUUAUGACGAGGUGUUUGGGUUACAAAGGUUUAGGGAGUGCGAGCUAAUUCAUGGAAGGUGGGCCAUGUUGGCUACACUUGGUGCACUCGCCGUUGAGUCACUCACCGGUGUCACCUGGCAAGAUGCAGGGAAGGUAGAAUUGAUAGAGGGAGCAUCAUACCUAGGCCAACCUCUUCCAUUCUCCUUGACCUCAUUGAUAUUGAUUGAGGUUCUUGUGAUCGGAUACAUUGAGUUCCAAAGGAAUGCAGAGCUUGACCCGGAGAAGAGGUUGUACCCUGGAGGCAAGUUCUUUGACCCUCUUGGCUUGGCCUCUGACCCUGAGAAGAAAUCCCGCCUUCAACUUGCAGAGAUCAAGCAUGCCCGUCUUGCCAUGGUUGGCUUCCUUGGCUUUGCUGUCCAAGCCGCUGCCACCGGCAAAGGCCCACUUAACAACUGGGCUACCCAUUUGAGUGAUCCACUUCACACAACCAUCUUUGAUACCUUCUCUUCCUCUUAAAUUUUUUUUCUUUUUCUCUCAUCUACUCUACUUUCUUGCCUAGUGAGUGACCAAUGACAUUUUACCCA